AAACAAAACCUAAAAUUUAAUAGACGAAAUAUUAAAAAAAAUUUUCUAAUACGUUAUCAGCCACAAUCGGUUGAUUUUACGAACAUUGCUGGUUCGUACGAACGUCACCAAAAAACCCGAGAUGGCGUAUUUCCCGAUAAAUAAAGGCCUGACAGCGAACGACGACAUACGGCUACAGCACAAAUAUGCGGGGAUGGCGGGUACACUGGCUCGCGAAACAGACUUUACGAAGAAAGAAGUAAUACGACUGAUAGAGAUACAUUUUAUGAUGACCAAAAGGCAGAACCGCACCAUGGACAAGUUGUGUUUCACCGAGUUUAUGGACACGUGUCUGGGAUUCAGGAACGCGGACGCCGUGGAGAAGAUGCAUAGGCUAUUUUGCGUGACCAACAGAAAGUUCAUGACGGAACGGGAUUUCGUGGUCGCGUUGUCGUUACUGUUAAUGGGGUCGGUGUCCGACUCGACGAAGUUUUGCUUUAACGUGUACACCGAAAUGAUCGGGUCACCAGAGUACAUAACCAAGGACGACGUGUUGUUGAUGGCCAGAAAGAGCAGCGCGAAGAUGAGCAAGGGGCUUAACAAUGAUGAAAUCGACCAUAAUUACGUAGAGUUCGUGAUGAGCCAGGUAGACCGGGACCGGGACAACAGGAUUUCGUUGGAUGAUUAUCGCAAAACCGUCAACGAGAAUGUGAUGUGGAUGGAGUUUUUGGGCGAGGUGUUACCGACUCCCGAAAAUAUACAAUUGUUCGUGGAACAGUUCACCUUGCGGCCGUAUGUGAAUAAAAUCGAAGUGGCAUGGGAAAACCAACACGAACCCAAGACCAGGGGCAAAAAGAUAACAACGCAGUCCGAUUCGACUCGUCUGACCAACGAGAGUCUGGCGUUAGACAAUUCUUCGGGUAGCAGUUUAACACUCGACCCCAGUCUUAUAGAUCAAAUGGACGACACUCCAUUAGAAACUUUCCAGGAGCCCCAAGCUGACCCACGCAAUCUGCAUUUAUUCUGA